CACUUUCUCCCACACAUAAUAUAAUACAUUAAGUAACAUGAGGGUAUCUAUUGUGUAAACAAUUCUAAAUCUUGAUCUAGAUGACCAAUCAAAACUAUAGGACUAGAGCACUAUAUAUGUUAGUACUUCAAAGAAGGAAAAAUCAUCAACUUUUCUUCCAUGAAUAUAUGUAGUUAGAGUUCUUUUAGCUAAUUUGUAGCCAUGAAGUUGUUGAAUAUCCUUCUUGUUUUGUUCAUCGUUAAUUGUUUGUCAUGGCCUAGUAUGCAAAGCGAUUUAGAGACUUAUAUAGUUCAAGUUGAAUCUCCAGAAAGCCAAGUUUCAACUCAAUCAAUGUCAAUGGAUUUAGAAAGUUGGUACAAUUCUUUUUUGCCAAAGACAAUCUCGAAUGAAGAGGAGGGGCCGCGUUUAGUAUAUUCAUAUCGCAAUGUGAUGAAAGGCUUUGCUGCUAGAUUAUCAGCAGAGCAAGUGAAAGAAAUGGAGAAGAAAUCAGGCUUUGUGAAUGCGUGGCCGGAGAAGAUAUUGUCUUUGCACACUACACGUACUCCGAGUUUUCUUGGAUUGAAGCAGAACACUGGCUUGUGGAGGGAUUCCAACUAUGGGAAAGGUGUGAUCAUCGGAGUGUUGGACUCUGGGAUUUUUCCAGACCAUCCUUCAUUUAGCGACGAAGGAAUGCCUCCUCCGCCUGCUAAAUGGAAGGGAAAAUGUGAAUCGAACUUCACUACUAAGUGUAACAACAAACUCAUUGGAGCACGGACGUUCCCAAAGGAAAAUGGUUCGCCAAUAGAUGAUGAUGGACAUGGUACACACACCGCCAGCACUGCUGUUGGCGGUUUUGUGAGAGGUGCCAAUGUGUAUGGAAAUGCUAAUGGCACUGCUGUUGGUGUUGCCCCUCUUGCUCACCUAGCCAUUUAUAAGGUUUGUGAUUCGUUUGGUUGCUCUGACAGUGGGAUUCUAGCUGCUAUGGAUGUAGCUAUUGAUGACGGAGUUGAUAUCCUAUCGCUGUCUCUUGGUUCGAGUUCUAGUCCCUUCCAUAGUGAUUCUAUUGCACUCGGUGCGUAUAGUGCAACACAAAGAGGUAUUUUUGUAAGUUGCUCUGCUGGUAAUUUUGGUCCAUCCGAACAUACUGUUGCAAAUGAAGCCCCGUGGAUUCUCACAGUAGGCGCGAGCAGUCUUGACAGGAAAUUUAAGGCAACAGUUCAGCUAGGAAACAAUAAAGUGUUUGAAGGCGAAUCGGCUUUUCACUCAAAGUUUUUCAGUACAAAAUUCUUCCCUUUGUUUGAUCCAUCACUAACUGCUAUUGACUCUGACAGCUCUUAUUGCGGACCAGGUAUGUUGACUGACCUUGCUGUUAAAGGCAAAAUAGUCUUGUGUAUGAUAGGUGGCGGUUAUACGAGGAUUUCAAAAGGACAAGCUGUUAAGGAUGCUGGAGGUGUUGGCAUGAUUCUAAUUAACAGGGCUGAAGAUGGUUUCACUACAUCAGCUGACGCUCAUGUCCUUCCAGCAAUGGAUGUAACUUAUACAGAUGGAAUGAAAAUCAUCGACUAUGUGAAUUCAACGAAGAAACAUGUUGCUCGGAUUGCAUUCCAUGGAACUAUACUCGGAGAUAAAAAUGCUCCGGUUGUUGCUGGAUUUUCUUCUAGAGGGCCAAGCAUAGCUACUCCCGGAAUCUUAAAACCUGACAUUAUUGGUCCUGGUGUUAAUAUUCUUGCUGCUUGGCCUACCUCCAUGGAAAACAACACAAACACGAAAUCUACCUUCAAUAUUAUUUCGGGUACCUCCAUGUCUUGUCCUCACCUCAGUGGAGUAGCAGCAUUGCUAAAAAGCGCUCACCCCACUUGGUCUCCUGCAGCUAUUAAAUCCGCAAUCAUGACAACUGCUUAUACAGUAAACCUCGCCAACAAUCCCAUCCUAGAUGAAACGCUCCUUCCUGCUAACAUUUAUGCCAUCGGUGCAGGACAUGUCAAUCCAUCCAGAGCAAAUGAUCCGGGACUAAUUUAUGAUACCCCUUUCAAGGACUACUUACGCUAUUUGUGUGGCUUGAAUUACACAAACCGAGAGGUUGGAAACCUUCUACAACAUAAGGUGGAUUGCUCGGAAGUGAAAAGUAUUCCUGAAGCACAACUAAAUUAUCCUUCAUUUUCCAUCAUACUCAGAGAAAAUCCUCAAACAUAUACAAGAACAGUGACUAACGUCGGGGAGGCUAAAUCAUCUUACAUUGUCGAAAUAGUUUCACCACAAGGAGUUUCUGUGACUGUUACGCCCUCUACUCUAAAGUUCUCGAAGAUGAACCAGAAAAAAACAUAUCAAGUAACUUUUUUAAAAACGGCCAAUAGUUCAACCAGUGGUAUAGUUCAUGGAUUCUUGAAAUGGACUAGUAAUAGGCACUCUGUAAGAAGUCCAAUUGCAGUUGUGCUACAAGAAAUUGCAAUGGAUAUCUAGACUCGUUUCGUUUUUAAAAAUGAUUUGAUCCAUGUAAUAAGCCUGCAUUAAUUGUUUGAAUCGAAAAUGUAGAACGAAUGCAGAGAGUACUCAUUAUAUUCUAUUAUUCUUGUGUUACUUUCA